CGGCGGAACGGCGCUGGAAGGACCGGAGCGGGCAGGGCUGCGGCAUGGAGGGCAGCCGGCCCCCCUCCCGGUACGGAUCGCUGGAGCCCACCCGGUGGCCGCCCGCCGGCGCGGGGGCAGAGGAUGAGAUUGUUUCCAUGGCUGACUCGACCACCACCAUCGAUGACAUUGAAGGGGAGCUCUUCAAAAUCGAGAGGAUCAGGGAGAUCCUGGUGAGGAGGGAGUCAGAGCUGCGGUACAUGAUGGAUGACAUUCAGCUUUGUAAAGAAAUCAGCCGGCUGAAAAAGGAGCUUCAAAAACUCAUAGCUCUUCCAGAGAAAGAGAAGUCCAAUGAGGAGAAGCAGAGGGAAGAGGAGCUGGUACAGCAGAUACACAAGCUGGUGGAAACACGGGAUUUCCUGGUGGAUGAUGUGGAAUUUGAGAGGCUCAGGGAAAGGGAAGAAGACAAGGAAAUGGCAGAGUUCCUGCAAAGUAAGCUCUCCAAAAGCUACCUCCAGAAAGCAACUCCUGUCAAAGAGAAGAAAAUGACUUCCAGAGGGCAGCAAACCUCUGCACCAUACAUGACCAAAACGGGCCUCACCCUGCUCAAGGAGUGCUGUGGCUUCACCUGCUCCAUCAUGUAGGCCAGCCCCCAGCUCCUCUGCACAGGAUAUGACCAUGGUCUCCAGGCAGAGUCCACAAUCUGCUCGCCUCCGAGAGUUUCAACUUCCCGUCAUUGCUCAUGCUUCCCACUGCAGCACCACCACCAAAGAGACUUCCCAAGCAGGCUGGUGCAAUCUUGAAUGAUGGCGUGUGUCCCUGGUGCCAUGUCAACGGUUGUCUCCUCCAUGACAUCAACAAACACCAAAUUCCACCUGAGCUCAGCUUGGAAGAGGUGUGUGCAGCAGCAGCAAGCGAGUCCACGACAAAGAGGACCAGUGCAGCCCUUCACCCAGACAGAGUAAUAAAAAAAGCAUUGGGAGCUAAAGUUUAGAGAACCUUGUGCUCCAACAUUCAAGAGAUGCUGUGGCCUCAGAUGAUGUCUCAUCCUUAGCCUUGUGCCACCUUGUGAGUUCCUGAGGACUCUUGAUGGGGAAUGUCUCUGGGCUGGCUUUCAUCGGUUUUAUUGCAAGGUGCUCUGUGGCUCUGAGCAAAGCGUGAAGGGCAGUCCCCAGAGCCAGCUGAAUGAAGGGCUGAUUCUUGUGAUGUUACCACCUGAGCACAGACCUGGCAUGUUGAACUACAGGCAGAUGAGUUGCUUUCCCCACCUCACUAUUACUGGAUUCAUUUUUCAGCUCCAAGAAAAAGGAGGAAAUUAAAGCAAAAGAGAAAAGGAGAAAAAAUCGGAAGAACAGGGCAAAAUGCAGAAGGAAAUGAAAACCAAACAGGAGACUGGAAAAGUGGCAGGGGAAGGUGGAGACAGCAGGUGAGAGACACUCUCACUGCCAAGAGGGCAUUCAGUCCUGCCUUCCAGUGCUCCAAACAGUGCCUCUGGGCUUGGCAACAUGAGCUGGCCAUAAAGUCCUGUGCAAAAGACUCAUGGCACCCUGAGGUCACCCACUGUUUUGGUUCCCGUUGUCCCUUCUAAGCAUCCACCCGUGUUGAGGUGGCACAGCCAGAGCUGCUAAUGCCCAUCGUGACAGGAGAGGGGCUCUCUCGCUGGGUGUGAAGGCCUCCCACAUCUCCCUCCCUGCCUGCCCUUAUGCCCUGUAGGCUGCUGUGGCUUCACUGGUUGUCGUGGGUUGGCUUCCCAUUUGGGUGGCUGCCCAAGAGCUCUGGCUGCCCUCUGGACAAAAUGCUGAUUCCUCCAGCUCAGUCCUGUGGCAGCUUGAUGUAGGGUCUUGAGAUGGUGUUCCUGCCUGGAUCACUGUCCGACAUGCCCAUGCCGGGGAGACAGUCACAACCCAUUUGGCUCUUUCCAUUAGACCUAAUAGCACAUUCAUCCUUAAAAGAUACAAUGCAGGUAGGAUCCUUCGUAGUGCAAUCCCAUAAUCAGGUCCAAGUUCCUUCUACAUUUAUCAGCACUGCCAGAAAACCCAGUGUGUGGGAACCUGUUGUCUAACCUUUGCCAGGGGGUUUCCACUCCUGAGCAAUCUCCUCCCCUUAUGGAUCUUGCCAGCAACCAGAAAAGUCCACAAGCUAAACCAGUCCCUCUGCACACUCACAGACCAGGGUGCAAGGCCUGAAUGAGCUGAUGUGACACCUUGUCAUCUCUAGCAAACUUGACUUCACUUUGGUUCGUGUCACCUCUGGGCUGACCUCAGUGAUCUCAGUCUGAAGCCUGCUUACUUUGUGCUGCUCAUUGUUAGUGUCCUACAGCAUCCUACAACCACCACCUGCCAGUUCCUGGUGCUCUCCUUGCUUAGUGGGAGGCUUCACCGUGGGCUGGAGGGAGCACCCUGUAGAUCACAGGAGCAAAUUAAGUCACAGAGAGCUCCUUUCCACUUUGCCAACCCUGUGUAACGAAGUGAGGUUCAGUACACAGUUGGGGUUGUUGUCCAGUCCGGGGUGACAGGCCAUCAUUGGCACCAUCCAUCCUGGAGUUGAUGGGACAGAUCGGGCCACUUGCUCCCUGCUCUUCCAGAAACUGUCCAGUGGCUGUUUUGCUCGGUUGCUCUGUGGUUACGUGCGCGGUGCAAUGCGGGUGUUUGCUUUGAUCCACACAGACCAAAGGCUCAAGACCUAGAAGGUCCCUCUCACUGUCCUCGCCUUCCCCAAGGCCUUCUUGGGAAGGGUGAGUAACAAAUCCAGUUUGGUUGGCAAGGAAAAGCCUUUGAUUCAAAACUUGCUCUCCUCAUUCAUCCCUACCUCCACCCUACAAGCCCCCAAGACCCAGACUUCAGCUGCAGAGCAGGCAGGGAGGAUGGCUGGGGGGAGAUGGGCAAGGUCCUGGACUGUUUUGUUCUGUGUUUGUGUGGCCGGUCAUGGAGAAGGAGACAGGCUGCUGCCCUGGUCAUACGAUACUAUUUGGCCUGUAUUUUAUUUGAUGGCAGAGGUGUGCAGCACACGGGAGCGACACUGUUUCAUGUGCAUUGAUUUCAACCCAAACAAAUAAAUGUCUGUUGGAA